GGACGAGUUCUUCAGGGCAGACAAAAUCCUGUUUUCCACACAACUGAUGAGAUCUGAGAUCUGGUCUGUCUUGGGUUAAGUGAGGGCGAGAAAUCAUCUCCGAAAUGGCUCAAAUCAUUGAAUGUGUUCCGAACUUUUCCGAAGGCAAGGAUGAGAAGAUUAUUGAGGCUAUCGCCGAUGCGAUCCGGAAGGUGAGUGGUGUCAAGCUUCUGGAUGUCGAUCCUGGAGCGUCUACCAACCGUACUGUUUACACCUUUGUCGGAGGACCCGAUGCAGUCAUUGAAGGAGCCUUGGCUGGAGCCAAAGCGGCCUUCAAACUCAUUGACAUGACCAAGCACAAAGGGGAACAUCCAAGAAUGGGCGCUUUGGAUGUGUGUCCAUUUAUCCCCGUGGCAAAUUCCUCAGUUGAGGAAUGCAUUGAAGUUUCUAAGAGGUUUGGUGCGAGAUUGGCCGCCGAGGUGGGUGUGCCAGUAUAUUUGUAUGGAUAUGCCUCUUCCCAGGCUUACAGAAAAACUAUGCCACAAAUUCGUUCCGGUGAAUAUGAAGGGUUGGAAGAAAAGCUGAAGGAUCCUAAAUGGAAACCAAAUUUUGGAGAGGCUGUCUUUGUGCCUUCCUGGGGUGGAACUGUGACUGGAGUGCGAAAAUUCCUUAUUGCUUACAAUGUUAAUAUGGUUUGCACCAAGGAACAAGCGCAUAGAAUUGCCUUGAAUUUGAGGGAACAAGGCCGAGGCAAGGACAUGCCUGGAAGAUUGAAGGCUGUUCAAGGCAUUGGUUGGUGGCUGGCGGAGCACAACAUUGCUCAGAUAUCGCUCAACCUCACAGAUAUGGAUUUAACACCAAUGCACAUUGCAUAUGAAGAGGCCAAGAAAGAUGCCGAAGAACUGUGCCUCCCCGUGACUGGUUCUGAAGUAGUUGGCUUGGUGCCUCUUGAAGCCAUGCUUAAUGCAGCCGAUUACUACAUAGAAAAAGAGAAUCUUUAUGUUAUUGAGGAGGACCAAAAAGUUCAUUUGGCAAUCAACCGAUUAGGCCUCUCAACCUUAUCACCAUUUAAGCCCAAGGAGAGAAUCAUUGAGUACUGCUUGGAACAAGAUGAUGGACCAUUGGUAUCUCAAACUGUACGAAAUUUUAUCAAAGGUGUCGGAGACAGAACCACUGCUCCAGGGGGAGGAUCCGUCUCUGCUUUGGUUGGAGCUUUGGGUGCCGCUCUUGGUUCCAUGGUGGGCAAACUGUCUUACGGUAAACGUCAAUGGGAACAUUUGGAUGCCCCCAUGAGACGAAUCAUUCCGGAUCUUGACAAGACCUUUAGGAUGAUAACGGACAUGGUUGACGCGGAUACGUCAGCCUUCAAUGACUACUUGGCUGCCAUGAAGCUACCCAAGACAAGUGAAGAGGAGAUUGCCAAACGUGAGGAAGCGAUGGACGAAGGUCUUAAAAAGGCCAUUUCCGUUCCAUACAAUUUGGCAAAAACCAUCAACAAAAUCUGGGGCGUCUUGGUGGAACUGGCGGCGAUUGGGAACUUGAAUUGCAAAUCGGACCUUCAGGUCGGUGCCAGAUGCCUAGACACGGCUGUUUUUGGAGCCGUAUGUAAUGUUCGUAUCAACUUAUUGGACAUCAAGGACAGCGCCUACUUGAAAGAUAUGGAAAGUAAAGCUGAAAAAGCCCUGAUUGAGGCUUCUCUAGGCUACCAAGAAGUCAUCAACACCUUAGACCAAAGGGCUGCUACAGCUGCUUCUACCUCAUAAGAUGUGUUGGAAUUGUUCUCGUAAAAGCGAAGGAGACAAUCAGCUUUUUUUAUUUCGUGUUCCAACACAAUCAAAUAUAUUUGUUUGGAAAUAGCCUGA